AUGGGCGCAAGGGGGGACGCUUUGACGGUGGAGUUUGGGGAAGGGCGGAGUGUUGUGCUGGAGGGGGGAAGGCGAUUGGCGGAGGUGGGGACGUGGGGAAUCGGCGGUCCUGCUGAGUGGCUGGCGGAGGUGACGACCGUUGAUGAGAUGGCGGCGGUGCUUAGGUUCUGCCACAGCAACAGCAUCCGUGCGGUGGUGAUAGGCAAGGGCUCCAACUGCCUGUUUGAGGACCGCGGGUUCAAGGGGUGUGUGAUCGUCAACAGAAUCGCGUACAAGCGAGUGGAUAGAGUGGAGUGCACAGAUACUGCUGCUCCUUCGUCUGUGCACCAAUACAGCACCAGCAGCCAUAUCGACAGCAGUAACAGCAGCGGCAGCAAUAACAGAAGCAGCGGCAGCAAUAACAGAAGCAGCAGCAGCACUGGUAGCAGCAGCAGCAGCAGCAGCAGCAGCAGCAGCAGCAAGAGCAGCAACGAUGACAAUGACAGCAGUAGCAGCAAACAGACAUCUGCUCAGUACGACGCAGUGGUGCACGUAGGGGGAGGGUACCCGUUCAACCUGCUGGGCGUGGAGUGCUCUCGAGACGGGGAUACUGAUUCCAUUACCAGCUGUCACGGUGCUGAGGGGUACGAUGCGGUGGUGCAGGUGGGGGGAGGGUACCCGUUCAACCUGCUGGGCGUGGAGUGCUCGCGAGAUGGCCUCUCAGGGCUGGAGUUUGCAGGCGGCAUUCCCGGCACCGUGGGGGGCGCUGUCUUCAUGAACGCUGGGGCGGACGGGCAGGAAACAGCCGACUGUCUGCUCUCUGUGGACGUCCUCUCGUCAACUGGGGAUCUCCUCUCCUUCCCUCGCACCGACCUCACUUUCGCCUACCGCCACUCGCCCUUCCAGCGCAUGCCGGACUGUGCUGCCAUAGUGGGAGCAACUUUCGGGCUGAAAAGGAGCAGUGAGGCACGGGACAGGCAAAGACGAUACAUGGACAGGCGGCGACAGUCUCAGCCCAUUGCUGAUCGCUCUGUUGGGUGCAUAUUCCGCAACCCUGCACCUCCCCUUGGUUCUGCUCCCUGCUCUAUCUCUGCUCCUCCUGUGGGUUCCUCACCUCCAGCCGGUUUAGCAGCAGCUGGUGCUUCAGCAGUUACUCUCCCUGCAUCUGCAGGUGCUCUAAUAGACCGGGCUGGGUUGAAAGGCCUGCAUGUUGGAGAUGCUUUUGUGUCGCCCAUGCAUGCUAAUUUUCUGGUGAAUGGUGGGGCGUGCAGUAGUGAGGAUAUGGAAGGGCUGAUUGUGGAGGUGAAAAGGAGGGCCCCUCCCUCGUCCACUCCUCAAGACGAGUCAGUCCCGGCUUCGCAACAAUCUACAAGCCUCCCAUCAUCAUUCACCGAAGCGAAGACUUCUCUUCUCGACGCUCUUAAAGCCGCAGUUAAGCCAGCACUCGCCGCGCUCCUAAUUUCCGCCGUCCUCGCCGCCGGCGCUCCGGACGCCGCACUCGCCGCGAUGGGCGGCGGAAGAAUCGGCGGAAGCGGCUUCGGCGCCUCCCGCAUGCGCUCCUACGCCCCACCCCCCUCCGCGCCCCGCGGCGGCGGAUACUCCUACAACGCUCCCCCCGUGAUCGUCGGCCCGUCCGUCCCGUUCUUCGCGCCGUCCCCGUUCUUCUUCUUCGGCCCUUCCAUCGCCUACGGCGGCGGCGGCGGCGGCGGGAUCUUUAAUCUCCUCGUUAUCGGGAUCGUGAUCUGGUUCGUGUCGCAGUCAGUUAUGGGGUUUCUAAGCUCGGCGCAGGAGGAGGGAGUGUGGCAGGAGACGCAGCGUAGCAGCGUGGUGAGGCUGCAGGUUGGGUUGCUAGGCUCGGCGCGGCGCCUGCAACGGGAUCUGGAUCGGAUCGCGGACCGCGCGGAUGCGAGCUCACCCGAGGGCCUUCAUUACAUCCUGCAAGAGACGGUGCUGGCGCUGCUGCGCAACCCGGACUACUGCAUCUACGGCUUCUCCUCUUCGGAGGUGAAUAACGACUCUUAUGCCGGUGAAGCAGUGUUCAACCGCAUGAGCAUGGAGGAGCGUAGCAAGUUCAAGGAGGAGACUCUGGUCAACGUGGACGGCAUCAGGCGGCGAAUCACGCGCAAGCCCAGCCAGGAUCGCAUGAACUCGGAAUACAUUGUGGUGACAGUGCUGGCAGCAGCGGAGGGAACGUUUCGGCUACCGGAAAUAAAAUCUUCGAGUGAUCUGAGGGAAGCCCUGACUCGCCUCGGCUCUGUCCCUGCUGAUGAGCUUCAGGCUGUUGAAGUGCUCUGGACACCUCAAGAUGACGAGGACACUCUCACAGAGCGCGACCUGCUUGUUGACUUCCCUCGCCUGCGGCCGCUGUGA